AUGUUCUGGAAAUCGGCUAUACAGUUGUGGCUCAUGUGCUUCCGAGUAUCGGUCAUGGCAGCUGCGACACCAGACUCGCUACGGUGCAUUAUGUAUCUAACAGGGCAGCAUAAUGUUCUACCCGAAAGCCUAGAGCUGAGGGAUGGCAUAACGCAUGUUAUUCUCGCGUUCAUGCGCUCCGAAACGUUCAACCUUGACCCACCCCCAGCCGAUUAUCCGCUCUUCACCUCUGUCGAGGAAGUGCGACAAUACUUCCAGUCUACCACAAAAAUAUUGGUUGCGAUCGGAGGAUGGGGUAACUCGGUUGGCUUCGAAGAAGCUGCGCAAGAUGCUCCAAGCCGAAGACGUUGGGCAAGAAAUGUGAAGCGAAUGGUGGAGACGACACGGGCAGAUGGUAUCGACAUAGACUGGGAAUAUCCCGGGGGUAAUCGCGACGACUAUAGGAUCAUUCCCAACGAUCAACGCGAGUGGGAGAUUGACGCCUAUCAUCUGCUUUUGAAGGAACUUCGAGAGACCCUAGCCGAUACGGUGCCAAAAAUCGUGGACCAAGUCGAUUUCAUCAACAUCAUGACCUACGAUCUUAUCAAUCGCCGAGAUAAGGUAGUAAAGCAUCACAGCGGCAUAGCCGACACAAAGGCAGCCGUGCAGCGGUAUCUCGACCGGGGGCUUCCUAGGAGCAUGGCAAAUCUUGGGCUGGGGUACUAUGUGAAAUGGGUUAUGACGGAAAAGUGCAGCAAAGAGAACGUCCUGGGGUGUCCAACGCAGCUACUCGAGGACCCAGAGACAGGAGGUGACCUUGGUAGGACAGCCGCCUUCAGUUGGCAUGACACGGUGCCCGACGAGCUAGGCGAAUCAUUUUCAAGGGCUCUGAGCGACGGUCAGUACUUUGAUGACGGUAGCUACGGAUACUGGGACGAGCAUGAGCAUCGCUGGUGGACAUUCGACACGGUAGAGGCCAUUGAGGAGAAAAUGACGGAGCUGGUAGGAUCAAUGGGGCUUGGUGGAGUUUUCGCCUGGGGCCUCGGCGAGGAUGCGCCCGCUUUUACUCGACUCGCCGCCACGAUUCAAGGCCUGCAUGCCUUGCAUAACUCUGAGAACGCGGGUAAAGAUGAACUGUGA